AUGAACCGACCUGGCUGAUAAUCACCGGCGAUAUUCUAACAGGUGUUUCCAGUUCACUUCUGAUACUUUUUCCCGAGAGUCACAUGGCCGUGACGUCAUGUGGAAUGCCUGAGUUCGGGAAACUCGGCGCCGGAUCUGUUCAACUUGUCACUGUCAUUAAAGAUAAUAAGAAGAAAUGUCGUUUUUAUUUUGUUGUCGUUCGUCUUGCCUUUCCACAGUAGAUGAAUCUGCGGAAAGCAGCGCGGAGGUAUGAAACCCUUAACAGCCAAUACGAUUGGGAUUCUCCGAAUUGUAAUUUUGACGUAAAAAAUCAUAUCAGUUCUCAACAUACGUAUUCUUCUUGGGUUCUUAUACAGUCCUGUGGGUAAUACUGUUGAUGGCACUUCCUUGAUGCUUAGCGACUGGUAGGCAAGUUUAAAAUUAAAAGUAAGGUAACAAAGUGAAGAACUGUAUGCACUUGUCAUAAUGAAAAUACAAGCCUACAAAGUAUAUAGUGCAUCUGGAAGUGGCUACAACUUGAGACAUUGAGGUGAUAUGAAUUUCGGUAUUCCCUGCUUUUGGUUUUCGGAAAGCGCCGCGGCCGUGUGAUAUUGCUCCAGCCUUAAAGGAGUACCAUGGUGAUUUUCACACUUUCUCGGUUUUAUGUGCUAUUUGCACAAGAGGCAUUGAAGAAACACAGUGAGUAAAGUAUUAAAUAUGCCCGUUCUGUAUUUUUGGAGAAAUAUGCGUUUUAAAUUUAUCGUCCUAUUUUCAACCGGUUGAGAAAGUUGUCAACUUGGUGCGUCACGGGUGCUCACAUGCGGAUCCAACUUGUUUAAUAAGGCGCAACUGUGCCCGAGACCCACCAAAGGGACAGGUGCAUCCCCCGUCCACUGUAUGAUGUCAGACCCAAGAACGUUGCCUGUGAAAUGGCAGAAAGAUUGUCACCCAGAUUUCAUAGAAUAACAUAGUUGUUACAUAAUUCGUUAACGAGCUGAUCCUUUUCCACAGAUUGAUUGGUCACUGGAAUUCUGUAAUGCAGCACUAUAACCAUGUCUCACUGUACAGUGAAAUUGAAUAGUCCCACACUGUCCUGUGCUGUAACCCUGUGUGUGUACAGAGCUGUGCUGUAUUGCUGUGAUGUAACCCUGUGCAUGAGAGAGAUGUGCUGUACCCCUGCGCAUGUACAGACCUGUGCUGUAACCCUGUGCAUGUACAGAGCUGUGCUGCAACCCUGUGCAUGUUCAAAGCUGUGCUGUAAUACUGUGCUGUAACCGUGUGCAUGUACAGAGCUGUGCUGUAACCCUGUGCAUAUACAUAGCUGUGCUGUAAUGCUGUGCUGUAACCCUGUGCAUGUACAGAGCUGUGCUGUAAUGCUGUGCUGUAACCCUGUGCAUGUACAGAGCUGUGCUGUAAUGCUGUGCAUAUGCAUAGGUGUGCUGUACCCCUGUGCAUGUACAGAGCUGUGCUGUACCCCUGUGCAUGUACAGAACUGUGCUAUAACCCUGUACAUGUACAGAGCUGUGCUGUAAUGCUGUGCAUGUUGGAGCUGUGUUUUAACCCUGUGAAUUUCAGAGGCAGCCCAUUCUUCCAGCAGCAUCAGCCAGGCAGUCCCCCGCAUGUUUAGACACAGUUCUCAGUCAGAAAGGAAAAAUACUCACCAAGCUGGUGGGGGUCUCAGAGCUGGAUCAGCACUUUGCGGACAUUCGCGACAUGUUUAACCAGCAGCUGGGACACUACGAGACCAUGACCAAAACCUUGCAGGCACUGAGGGGCAGCUACGGCUGUUCCAAUGGAAACAGUUUCUCAGAGUGCCUUAAGAGGAUAAUGGAGGAGCACUGUGCAGCCGAGGUCAGCCUGCAGGUGAGGGGCUUUGAGCUGACCCUCGCGGUGUCGGGCGAGCUGUCCGACCGCCUGCAGCGGACGCAGGAGCAGGUGAGGUCGCUGGGUCAGGCGGCGACGGCCGUGCUGGCGGCGGGGCCCAAGCUGAAGAACAUGACGGGCUGGGUGCUGCAGGAGGAGGCGCAGCAGGCGGAGCGCGUGAGGGAGGCCAGCGCCUCCCAUCAGGAGCACCGCCGCUUGGAGGCCAACCUGAGGGAGAACCUGCAGGACGUGCGCCGCGUUGGGGAGCUUUCUGCCAGCUACCGAAAGGAGGCCGACGCCUUCCUCAAGGAGGCCAUCGCACUCGCCCACACCCUGAGCACUGAAGACUCCACACCCGCACCCUGAGCACUGAAGACUCCACACCCGCACCCUGAACACAACUAGACUCCACACCUGCACCCUGAACACAACUAGACUCCACACCUGCACCCUGAACACAACUAGACUCCACACCUGCACCCUGAACACAGACCAGACUUUACCUGCACCCUGAACACAGACCAGACUCCACACCUGCACCCUGAGCACA